AUGGCAGACGCGAGCCCGGAGCAGCAAACAUCCGAGGCAUAUCGAGAGAGCGGGCGUACAUUUUAUCUUGGGGAAGCGUUUAGUCUUGCCUUUGUAGUUAAGACCGUCUGCUCCCCGUCCGGUGACAACACCGAGGCUAGAGUGCACUAUCCCAUUCCUAAGUCGGUAGAUGACACCGCCCGCAACGUCUCCCACCAGAAAUCCCUAAUACCUGAGGAGCUAACCCUUUUGCGGGCGAAAGGGGCUUAUGAUCUCCCUCCAAAGGAUGUUAGUGAAAAGCUCAUUCUGGCCUUCUUCGAAAGUUUUCAUCCUGCAUACCAGGUGUUUGAUCGAGGAGAGAUAGCGGCGUUGUACGAGCAAGGCCGUUUGUCAUUCCUUGUCCUCCAAACAAUAUACUUCAUUGCCUCCACAGUCUGCAACAACGAUCUUCUCCGCGCGGCUCGUUUUAACAACCGCAGCCAGGCUCAAACAACAUUCUAUCUUCGAGCAAAAUCGCUGUACGAUUUUGACCAAGAGCGAGACAAGGUCAGGCUUACCGCGGUAUUAUUUUUGUUUGGAUUCUGGUGGCAAGGUCCGGAGGAUCAGAAAGAUACAUGGCAUUGGCUAGGCGCUGCUAUCAGCCUGGCACAGACUCUAGGGAUGCAUCGCUCUACAGUCAGGUCUGGACUGAGCCCUACCCAUCGGUCACUUUGGAAGCGGAUAUGGUGGUCGAUAUAUGUGCGCGACCGACACACUGCAGCCGCUCUCGGAUGGCCCGCGCGAAUACAGGACGAGGAUUGUGAUGUUGAACCACUUGAGCUACUGGAUUUUGCACCGAGGAGACGAAUUGCCCGCACAUAUUUUAAUUGUCAAAUACUUCUUCAUCGCCCCAGGGCCAUCAGUGUCGAAUCACCAACUGCCAUAAAACGGACUCCAUCGCAAGAGUCGCCACUGACGCUACAACCCGGAUCGCAGAGGAUCUGUUAUCAGCUGGGACGCUCAGACACAGCCAACUUCAUCUGGUACCUGCCCUUUUUGCUGCCCUUUCUGUCCACUCAAUCGUUAUCCGACCAAAGGAUCCGACCAAAGGAUCCUAUCCGAAGCCAGCUUGCCGAAAACAAAUCCCGACAGUGCAUGCUGGCUCUCAGCGAGCUGUUCAAAUCAUGGCCCGUAGGCGGAUGGAUCCUGCAACUCUUCAUCAACCUGCUAAAACGACUCACUGGCCGCGAUUUCGGCUUCCAGACUAGCGCUAAUUCUGGAGCUCCAAGACAAGGAAAUUCAAAACAAAGUCUACCUACUGCACAGCAUGGCCCAGACCAAAGCAAUGGCACUAUACCUGGGGGCGUUGAUGGGAGCCAGUACGAUGGGAUAAGGAAUUCCCAAACGGCCGAAGAUAAACAAAAUACGGCAUCACCAAUAACUCAUUAUUUUGAUGCGCAAACUCAGUGGCCGUUUGGCGACGACCUUCUCCCGUUUGAUUUCCUCAUGCAGGAUGCGUUUUGUGCGAUCCCUUUAUUCAAUGAUAAUUAUUCUAUAGACACCAGCCAGACCAACAACUAG